GGGGCAAAAUGUCAUCCGGUUUAUCGAUAGAUUUCGGCGUCAAAACCUUUGUAAAUUCCACAAAAAGCGCUCAAUUAUAAAGAAUCAUGAUAAAAUAGGAAGAACUACAGCGAAUUUGAGCAAAUUAGCUUCAUAAUUAAACGUGAAAAUUGUCAACAAAAUUUUUCACCCGAUUGAAAAAGAGCCGAUUGAGUGAGAUUUUACUAAUAUUGAUUGCGAGUAUUGAUGAAAUUUUUUCCUACGUGUGUAUAGACAGCUUUACGUAAGUCAAUAAAUUUAUGAUUUCAUGCUGAUAAAAUAAGGCUGAUAAUGUAAGUAAAAUAAAGUCCGGGGAAUCCCAGAAAAGUAUUUACAGUAGAGUCUCGCUAGGCCAUCGCUCUAUAGUGCACUAUAGUCCAUGGCAUUUUUUAAUGUUAUCAACGACUUUUAGUAUUGAAAUUGCUCGACGGCUUCCACUUUCUUUGCGAUUGUGGUACUUGUCCUCGCUCUCUUCAUUAUAGAUCACAAUUAUCACAACUACUCAAUAAAGUUUGCCAAACAUAAUAGUUAUGACAACAUUGAAUGUCGCAUACUAAAAAACAUAACCUCAGUGAUUUGAAAUCAACGGUCAAUAUGUUGUGGACUAUAGAAGUGCCACGAGACUCUACUGUAUUUGUAAUCCUCAACACCAGACAGCGCUACUUUCUACGUGAAAACUCAGUGUGUCAAAAAAUAUUGCGACAUUUUACAUAAAUUUUCACAUCCGUGAUUAAAAGCGAUUUAACUAAUAAAUUUGUGAGAUUUUUCAUAAAAAAAUGGAUAAUCCAGAUAAAAAGAAGAGGAAUCGUCGAGGCAAGAAGGCUGGUGGAGAUUCGAGAGAAGAGCCUCAAGCUCCAGCACCAGGUGCAAGUCAGCAGAGAAAAGAUCCACCAAAGCCUGCUGAGGAGAGGAAACCAAUGGAACAAUUAGAGAAGAAACUCCAGAAAUCCCUUCAGAUAAAAGAAGGUGAUCAAAAGGAUUCUGGGGGCUCUCAGCAGACCAGCGAGCCUAAAAAGGCAUGGAAAAGAAAAGAUUUAAAAAAGCAAAAACAAGAAGAAGCACAGGAAAGCCAAGGAGUUGGUACUUCUGGACCUAUGAGCGUACCUGGAGGUCCUCAACCAAGUCAGCUUCCACAGCAAUUUGGCCCGUCCCAGCAAUCCUGGCCUCAGGAGGUACAACCGCAAAUGAGACAGCCUCAGCAGAUGCAACGAUCAGAGACUCCACAGAGUGUGAGUUCUCAAGGUGAUCAACAAUGGGGGCAACGUAAGCAAAAACCUCAAUAUCCUAAAGGGCAGCAGAAGAUGCAACAGCAAUCAUAUACACCUCAAAGUGCUCGUGAUUCUCCAAAACCGAGGCCUCCAUCUAAGGCUGAAUUUAAGAGUGCUCCAGUGACUGAGAGGCGUGAAUACUCUCCUGCACCAGAGGUUGCACUGUGCCCAUACAAAGGUCCUGGCACAGCGGGAAAACGUGUGAAGUGUGACACAAACUAUGUCGCAUUGAACCUGCAGAAUCUCGUCGAUGUGGCCUAUCAUUAUGACAUAGCCAUCGAUCCGGAUCGCCCAAAAAAGCUUCUUCGGAAUGUUUUUGAAGCCUUCCGGGUGAAGCACUUUCCGCGCAUGACAAUGGCAUAUGAUGGCAAUAAGCUUGCCUAUUCAGUUGGUCAGCUGACCCUGCCUCCUGGUGGACUUUCCGAUGAGAUUACAAUUGAUGAUGUGGCCAUGUCCAGGAAGAAGACUUACAAAGUGUCAAUCCAGGAGACUGUGGAUAAUCAAGUUCACAUGAUUUUGCUGAAAUCGGGGCAAGCUUUCAGAAAUGAGCCCGAUAGGGGUAAAGUGAUAAGGGCUCUUCAGUGUUUAGAAAUUGUCAUGCGAAUGGCUGCUGUUGGUGGCAUUCAUGUUGGUAGACAAUACUAUUGGAAACCUGAUCACAGACUAACUUUGGAUAAUGUAAUGGACCUUUGGACAGGAAUUUAUCAUAGUGCUGUCUUUGGCAGCAAACCCCUUGUCAAUGUUGACGUUACAAGUAAGGGUUUUCCAACUGAGAUGCCAGUUUUGGAUGUUAUGUUUGAGCAUAGAAUUGACUUGAAUAGACCCGAUAUGAGAUACUUCCAAAGCGUCAAAGCUCAUCUUAAUGGAUUGAGUGUGUCUUACGCACCGAUUGGACAGGAAGGCUCUCGCAGAGUGUACAAGUUUUGGGAUUUUAAAGAUGCAGCCAAUAGGCAGAGAUUUACACUAGAUGGAAAGUCCAUGACAGUUGAACAGUACUAUGCAGAGAAGAGGAUUAGAUUGAAAUAUCCGAACUUACCGGUGCUUCAUGUUGGUCCGAAGGACAAAAAUAUCUACUUACCAGCAGAAUUUUGUAUAAUUCCUGGUGGUCAGGCAGUAAUGAAGAAGUACACAGACAAUCAGACGCGUAGCAUGAUAAAGCAUACAGCAACAUCAACAGAUGAGCGCAAGAGGCGAAUUUUGGAAGUUCUCAAGAAAGUUAACUUCAAUCAGAGUGAAGUUGUAAAGGGCUUUGGAUUGAAUGUGGGCAAUCAAUUUGAAACAGUGGAUGCCAGAAUUCUCAAUGCUCCAACAUUGGAAUAUGCCAGAAAUAAGUCACAAAUUCCAAAAGAUGGUGUUUGGCAGAUAAGAAGUGAACAAUUUAUAGUGCCUACAUCAAUUAAUAAUUGGGCAGUUUUGGUUUUGGAAGCCAGAAGACCGGAGAUGUAUCUUGUUGGUGAAUUUGUUAAUAAGAUAAUAUCAGCCGGAAAAGCACUCAAUAUGACAAUUGCCCGACCAAAAGAUAUCAAACAGAUUGAUAUUGGUCGAGAUUAUCGAAAAUUUGACCAGGAAAUGUAUGAGUACAAGAAGGACAAUGUAGACAUUCUGUUGAUGGUAAUUCCAGGUUUUGGGGAAGCGUAUAAGAAAGUUAAAGUAGCUGCUGAGAUCCAAUAUGGGAUUUUGACGCAGUGCAUUAAGCAUGACACCAUCGUUAGGCGUGGUGACUUAUCAACCAUUAAUAACAUCCUUCUAAAAAUGAACUCCAAACUCAAUGGAUUAAAUCACAGGAUUCUGAGUGAGAAUCGACUGAAGUUGGGCAUUCUCAGAGAUGGGAACUUUAUGGUAGUCGGAGCGGAUGUUACCCAUCCAAGUCCUGGUCAAAACAAUGUACCCAGCAUUGUUGGAGUAGCAUCGUCCUACGAUGAGGAUGGUUUCAAGUACACUGGGAUGUGGCGUAUCCAGGCUCCAAAGCAAGAGAUAAUUGAUGAUCUGGCCAAUAUGGUUGCUGAACACUUGAGUUAUUACAGGAAGACUCGCAAUGUUCUUCCACAUACAAUUCUUUACUACAGAGAUGGAGUGGGAGAGGGUCAUUUUCAGACAGUUCUUGAUGUAGAAUAUAAAGCCAUUCAUGUUGCUGCUAGUCGUAUUCCUGAUUACAAGCCAAAGGUGGUGUUCAUUGUUGUCCAGAAGAGACAUCACACUCGCUUCUUCCCUCCGAAGGGUGGUCCGAACAAGUGUCCGAGUAUUGGGAGGAACUUCAAUGUACCACCGGGAACUAUUGUGGAUACGACAAUUGUACCACUACAACAGAAUCAGUUCUUCUUGGUAGCUCAUCAGGCGAUUCAGGGUGUGGCAAAACCAACAAAAUAUUGUGUCCUUGUGGAUGAAGCUGAAAUGUCAAUUGACGAUUUGCAAGCUCUCACAUAUAAUCUGUGCUACAUGUUUACUAGAUGCAAUAGAUCCGUAUCAUAUGUAGCACCUACCUAUUAUGCCCAUCUUAUGGCUGCCAGGGGAAAGGUCUACGUCGAUGGGGAGCAUUUGAAGAUGCAUGAUCUUGAGAUGGAAUACAGAAAGAGGAUAAUUAAUGAUGACGUUGGAGUGAAACAUCCAAUGUUUUUCGUCUAACUUUGUCUUCGUCCCUGAGGUCCUUGAAGUUAUGCAGUUUUUAUAUCUCAUUUAUCAACUUUACUCAAAUAAUCUUCACUACACUCUACACCUUAAUCUAUAUAAUUGGGCUGAAAUUGGCUUAGGGAAUCAUUUUUUUUCUGCCGCUUAUAUGCUUAUAAAUAUUUUAACAUUUGUUUCGUUCAUUGUAAAAAAAAACAAAAAAAAAGAAUUCGACAUUAAUAAAAAUAGUUGAAUUCAA